GGCUCCCCCCCCCGCCCGGCGCAGUGGGAGGCGCCUGGCGGCCCGCGUCACCCAUUGUUUACAAACCAACCCCAGCGGGCCGAGCUCCAGCUCAACCGCAGCCGCCGGGGCCGCGUGUGCUCGCGCGCGUGUGGCGGCGGCGGCGGCGGCGGCGCCCUCGGCGUGUGCGGCACGGCGGCGCCGGCCGAGAUGCCGUGCCGGCCGGGCGAGCGCUUCCUGCUGCUGGAGCGCUCGGUCGCCGUGGGGCCGGCCGGCUCCAAGGAGGUGGACGCGCUCGUGGCCAGGCUGGGCGAGGUGCUGCAGCUGAGCGCCCAGCGGGCGCCGCCGCCCCGCGCCCCGAAGCACCUGGGCCCCGGCAGCGCCCGGGACCGCGCCGCCCCCUACUCGCCGCGCUGCAGCGGCGGCGGCGGGCUCGUGGCGCCGCGGGGGCCGGCCCCGCCGCCGGCGCACCACCACCAGCACCACCGCGCCGAGUCCCCGCGCCCGGAGCGCGGCGGCCACCAGCGGGUCACCAAGCAGCUGUGCGGCCGCGGCUGGCUGCGGAGCGCCGCCCGCCGGAGGAAGCAGCCGCCGCCGGGGCCCGGCGAGGGGCCGGAGGAGGAGGAGGACCCGCACCGGCUCCUGCAGCAGCUCAUCCUCUCCGGGAACCUCAUCAAAGAAGCCGUCCGGCGGCUCCAGCUCGCCGCGGCCGCGGCGGCGGCGGCCGCGGCCUCCACGGCGUCCAGCGGCAGCGCCUCGGCGGGGAGCAGCGGCGCGGACGGCGAGGCGGCGGCUCGGCCGCCCCUGCAGUAGCCGCCGGCGGGGCCCCGCGGCGCAGGACUGGCGGCGGCGCCCGGACGUGGCGCUGGCGGCGGCGCCGUGAGUCGCCCCGCGCGGCGGCCGCGGGGGGAAGCGCGGGAGGCGGCGCC